AUGGCAGACAAAGAUUCAGCACGGACACAGUGCACCGCACCAGAACUCUUGCUCAAGGUUGUGCUGGCAGGCACACUGAGCCACUAUGAGACGAGGGGCAUGAUCGACGAUAAGAGGUUGGAGCACAUGUUGCACGCAGGGAAACAAAUUCUAUACAAAAGCCAUCAAGAAAGUGAUGUCCGACAAAACCUGGGCUUCUCCCCGACUGUUUGGCAGGGCCUCACAGACGUUCUUACUCGAGCUAUACCGGCCCUCGAGGUUCAAUCCUUCGAAUGGAAGAAUCCACUCUCAGCAACCCACAACGGCUCUUCCUCAGACCUAAUCGCUCUCAACUACUUCACUCUUGUCAAGGAUAUUGAACGGCUUAAUGACCUCUGUACGAUCGCACGAAACCUACUUGCAACAACGAAGAAGGCACAAAAUUUAGCUGCAGAGAAAGGCUUCGAUCAGCAAAUCUUGAAGCUGAUCGAUGUGUGCGUCAGAGUCACCGCCCAAGGAUUCGACGGAGAGGCGAAUGCACGCAAUGAGGAGCGCUGGCAGAAGAUUGUCAAUCUUUACAAGCGGCUGCUCAUUACAUGCCUACAAUUCUUGCACAAUUUCAUCAUGCAUAAUGAGCACCGGAAACUGGUCUUGUGGUUGGAUCUGUUCGGAAACUCUCAGCAGACAGAAGUCGAGGCGCCGCCAGCUGUAGCGUCCACGGAGACUGCAAUGUCUCAAACUGCGAGAGAGGCACGAAUCAAAGCCACAGUAGACAAACUACCAAACUUUGGCACGUUCACCACUGAAGGAAGCCUGGGGUAUAACAUUGAUGAUGUGCACGCAUUGUUCGAUCUAAUGAACACAGAAAGAGCUCCGGAUGGUAACACCCAAGGCGCUGCUCGAAUGCUCAUGGAUAAAAUCAGAACAGAUAUGGAGAGACUGUCGGGUCUAAGUGCGAGCCAGUUGGAUGAGAAUCCCGAGGCACUGCUGAAAGUCGGAGCUGCACUCCGAGCUCAGCUGCCGACCAAGGAUUUUCCUCUUCGAACACAUGUCACAAAUCCUUCACCACCUGUCCGCAAAGCCGUUGUCAGCAUAGAUCGAAACGCUGCGGCCGGCCAAGCUCGUGGGAUGAAUUGGACUGACUUGCCGGAUUUGAGCCAAUAUGGCGAUGCCACUACAAUGAACACGGAAAUUACCAAUGAUGAUAUAAGUAUGCCGCGAAGUUCACAAUCCGCAGCAGAGACUCUCCAGGAAGCCAAGGAUGAGUUGAUGGCUAGACUGCAAGAAGCUACGCCUAUGAUGGGAGCCAAUGGUGAGCAGACAUACGAUCUGAAGGUUAACACUGAGAGUGGGGUGGGCGAAAGUGAGAGAAGCAUGGAUGGCGAUGCCGACAGCCUGGAAGAAGAGGAAGACGAAGACGAAGAAGACUACCGGAACCCUGGAGACCAAGAACGUGGUCUUCUCACCGAUGUACCGCUAGUCCUCGGACCUACCGAGAUUGAGGCAUUACCAAUGAUCAUACAAGCAGGUAUUGUUGACAGCUUCGGACUGAAAGGUGGAGAACGAAAUGGGGCAAAGAAUAUGCAAGCUGUGCGUUGUCAUAUAUUGCUGGCACAACAAGCAGGCCGAAACGUCCUUCGAGAGCUAUUGAUAUUCAUUGCCGCUUGGGACCUACCAGACGACGAGUUCUAUUUCAAGAUGAUGGUUCAGAUCAUGGAGGCAAUUUUGCAGAACGGCUUGAUGUCGCAUGCAUAUUCGGAUUUUGGUCAGGCCAAGGAUAUUAUUUCGCCCGCUCAAGCGGUCGUGAUUAAAAUAUUAACGCACAUCUUUCGAUCCAAAUACUCGCCAGCAGCAGUUGUGGACUCUAAUGGUCAAGCACGGACUCCGAGAGCCCCAGCUACUCUCACUCGGGUUGACGUUCUCACGGUUCGAUACAUCUUCACCGUUUUCCGCGGUAACAUCGUCCCCGAGACAUGCGCCUUGAUCUAUCUUCAAGGCCAGAUCCGAGCGGGUGCUGCACUGGCCGAGGACUUUCCGUUGAAUCUAUGGGACAUGGAGAGAGUCUAUGAAGGUGUCUACCAGUUCCUCGAAUUCUUCGCCGUCCUAACAGAAAGCAAUGAUUGGAAAGGGCUGCUCGUCGAUUGGGAAAUCGUCUACGACCUGGUCACACUGAUUAAAGAACUCGAUGCCAGCAUUCCGAAAGCUGCUCUAAUAACAGAACUUCCCCCUUUACAACCAACAAAGACAACCAAUGGAGUAGACACGGCUUCACAUGCCGCCGCUAACCCUGCAAGUCCAGCCCCUGUCGCGGUCGAACGACCUUACGACCCCACCAGCAUGGACCCAGGCCUCGGGGCCUCACCAGAAGAACCCCUUCCACCCGCCGAGGGAGAUGAUCAUACACAGUCCCCACCUCUGGGAACCGAAGACCCCGCCGAAUUCGAAUGGCGCAACCUGAAGAAACUCAUCGUUCUCGUUCUGUCAUCUCUGGUCUGGAAAUCCCCGACGGUGCAAAAUCAGAUCCGUGAACACGGCGGUGUGGAAGUCAUCCUCGGCUGCACGCAGUAUGAUGCGCAUAACCCGUAUAUCAAAGAGCAUGCGGUCAUGUGUUUGAAGUUUUUGCUAGAGGGGAACAGGGAGAAUCAGGGGUUGGUGGAGAGCUUGGAGGCGAGGGAGGUGGCGAGGGGAGGACGGGAGGAUGAGGUACUGAAGGGGUUUGGGUUGGAGGCCCGGGUUGGGGAGGGCGGCAGGGUUCGAUUGGUGGAGACGCAAAGGGAGAAGGAAAGGGGGGGUGGUAAGGCGAGUGGUGGGGUUCAGCAGCCUGGUCAGGGACAGGGCGGAGGGUCGAGCAAGGAUCGGGAGAGGAGAAGGAGUAUGGGCAGCGUGGGCACCGGGUCGAAGAGUUCUGCGGUGGAUCUGGCGAUCAGGGGCAGAGAGAGAGUAGUGGAGGUGGUGGAGGAUACAUGA